CGUGCCGGUACUUCCUGUUGUGAGCGGUUAACAGCUCACCGUCCGUUCAGGAACCGAAACAGGAUUUUAUCAUCUAAGAAGGAUGAGUCUGACUCUGUGCUAACUGUGUGAGAGGAAGUCAUGGACCAGCUGCUCUCAGGAGGCUCCUCAGAGCCCGACAGUCCAGGAGGUCUGAACCGAGGCUACCUGCUCGACACCAGCGAGGUCCUGUACCAGGACCUGUCUGUCAUCGUCCCGGAAACACCCAGUCCUCAGCUCGGCAGGCGGAGGAGACGCAGUCAUGUGACGGAGGAGCAUCUCAGACCGGUUUCCUGUCAGCAGGUCUCGGCCUCGCCUGAACCCGACCGGCUGUUUCCACGGAAACGGCGGCGGCUGGCAGCAGAGCACAGCUUCGUUCCUGCUUCAUCGCUCGCUGUGUUUCCUCUGAGCAGCUGGCUGGAGGCUCCGCUCUCCUCCUCCUGCUCCUCCUCCUCCUCCUGCUCCUCCUCUUCCUCCUCCUACCUCACACCUGGAUCACAGCAGGAAGUGGAGGCUGUGGCGAGCUCCUCAGGAGAAUCUGGCUCUGGUUGUUUCAGCCAGAAGAGGCGUCAGACAUCUCCUCCUCCUCCUGCGUCUCCUCCUGCGUCUCCUCCUGCCUCGAGCUCUCUGUCCUUCCUCACUGAGGAGGAGAGGAGGUGGCUCAGCGGCGAGCAGGGAAAAACGUCAGCAGCAGCCGAUCAGAUCGUCAUCAGUGACGAUGACGAGGCCGCCGUCCGCUCGGCUCAGGAGGAAGAAGACGAGGCGUUCGCUCGGAGUCUGCAGGCUCAAUUUGAUGAAGAGCAGAGAGAGACUCCCCUUCAUCAUCAUCAUCAACAUCAUCAUCAUCAUCAUCAUCAUCAUCAGAGCCAACACACGUAUCAGGCGUACAGCUGGAUGCCCGACCUGCUGGCUGCCGUCGCUCCGCUGGUCGAUCACGAUCUGAUUGGUCCAAACAGGCGGCGUGGGCGGGGCCGGAGGAGGAACGGCCUCCCCGACCUAUCAGACGACGUCCAGGGAAACGACUACGAGGCUCUGCUGGACUUUGAGCAGCGUCAGGGUUCUGUAGUAAACAGGAAGUUAACUCGCAGACAGAUUCAGAGAUUUCCCACCAAGAGCUUCCUGUCAGCCAGCAGCGCCGGAAACACACAGUGUCAGAUCUGUUUCUGUGAUUACACUGAUGGAGAGAAGCUGAGGAUGUUGCCCUGUUUCCAUGACUACCACGUAAAGUGUAUAGACCGAUGGUUGAAGGAUAACACCACCUGUCCGAUCUGCAGAGCUGACCUGGCUGACCUCUGACCUCCGUGUUAGGAUGAAGAACGACUCGUUAAUUUGUCUUUUUUUAUUUUUUUUAUUUUUUUUUAUUUUAAAUG